GCAGUCCACGUUUCGGAAAAGUUGAGGAUAGAAUAAUCCAAACACCUGUCACUUUGGGAAGAGUCAUGUCGAGUGUUGCCUUGUGCUAGACUUCAAAUCAAGGCCAUCUUUCUUUCCAUCACGACCAGCUCCUGAUUCACAUUUGAGGAGCUAACGACUGUCUUCCAUCUUCUUUCAGCCUCACAAUCAUGGCCAAGAUGCGAGGACUCUCAUCUCCCUUCUUCUUAUUCGCGUUCCUGUUUAUCGCAUUUGCCUCGACGGCAUCUGCAGCGUCGGCAGUCCUGGGAAUUGACCUCGGUGGUGCUUACAUCAAAGCAGCAAUCGUAAAGCCAGGAGUACCCCUCGAUAUCGUCCCCACCAAAGACUCCAAGCGCAAAGAGGCUGCCGUUGUUGGUUUCAAGCCUGUAUCUGGUUCCGCCCUUGAAUUCGGCUCAUACCCCGAGAGACUGUAUGGCGGAGAUGCUCUUGCUCUCGGCGGUCGCUUCCCUGGCGAUGUCUUCACCAACCUCAAGACCCUCCUUGGACUUGUGCCCGGCGACCACACCGACUCGAUGAUCAAAAACUACCACGCACGCCAUCCCGCCAUCAAGUCAAAGUUCGACCAAGAGAAGGGAACUGUCUCGUUCGAGCCCAGCGCCUUCAGCUCAUCCGAAGGGCCAUGGACCCUCGAUGAGUUGCUCGCCAUGGAGCUCAAGAACAUUCGCACAAACGCAGAGGCCAUGUCCAAGGGAAGCUCUGUCACAGACGCUGUCAUCACCGUUCCCGUACACUGGACAGCCGACGAGAGACGCGCUAUUGAGCGUGCUGCCGACCUGGCUGGAAUCAACGUUAUGAGUCUCAUCAGCGACGGACUGGCUGUCGGUAUCGAUUACGCCGUCAAGCGCACUUUCCCCAGCGUCACCAAGGGCGAGAAGCCUGAGUACCACCUGAUCUUCGAUAUGGGUGCUGGUUCGACUACUGCCACUCUUCUGAGAUUCUCAUCCAAGGACGUCAAGGACAUCGGACGUUUCAACAAGACUAUUCAGGAGGUUGCUGUCAUGGGCGCUGGUUGGGAUAAGACACUUGGAGGAGACGAACUCAACGCACUUAUUGUUGACUACCUUGUCGAUGCCUUCGUCGCUAAGCCCCAAGCCGUCAAGGCUGGCAUCACUGCCGAAGAGGUCAAGGGUCACGGUAGAACCGCUUCCAAGAUCUGGCGUGAAGCCGAGCGCGCAAGAAUGGUUCUCAGUGCCAACUCCGACGUCAGGUCGAGCUUCGAGGGCUUGUACAAGGACAUUGACUUCGCUACCAAGCUCACCAGAGCCGAGUUCGAGAAGAUGGCCGCCUCCCACGCCGAUCGUAUCAGUGCGCCCGUUCAACAGGCUCUCGAUGCUGCUAAGCUGUCGUUCAAGGAUCUUGACUCUGUCAUUCUCCACGGCGGUGCUAUUAGAACACCCUUUGUCCAGAAGAAGCUCGAGUCCAUGACCGGCAAGAGCACCGAGGUCCGUAGCAACGUCAACUCAGAUGAGUCGGCUGCUUUUGGUGCCGCUUUCAAGGCUGCUGGUCUGAGCCCCAGCUUCCGCGUCAAGGAAAUUAGAGAUAUUGAAGCCGCUGUCUACCCUGCAGGCAUCUCAUACUCGGAUGGCAAGGCAAGACAGCAGAAGCUGUUCGUCGCUACCUCGCAAGCUGGACUUGCCAAGGAAGUCACUGUCAAGAACCUUGACGAUUUCGCUUUCACUCUGUUCCAAACCGUCGACGGUGCUGACCGCCAAGUGACAGAAGUCAAGACUCAGAAUCUGACUGCUUCCGUCGAGGCUCUGACCACCAAAUUUGGCUGUUCUAAGGAUGAUAUCUCGACUAAGCUCAAGCUUCGCAUCAGCCCUAUUGACAGCAUUCCUGAGAUCGUAUCUGCUUCCGUCAGCUGUGAAGUCGAGGGUGGUAAGGCUGGUGGCAUUGGCGACUCAGUCAAGGGACUGUUUGGUUUCGGAUCCAAGAAGGGUGAACAAGAGCCCCUUAAGGAAGGCGAAGAGGCCGAGGCUGAGACUAGUUCAUCCUCAUCCAGCUCGUCCUCCAGCACUGCCAACGCCAAGGCCAGUGGUUCUGCCGCUGCUGAGGCUGACAUCAAGAAGAAGCGUACCGAGAUCAUUCCUGUCAAGGUCACCACCGUUCCAAAAGGCCUCGCCCAACCCGCGCCGGAAGAGAUCAAGGCCAUGAAGGACCGUCUCGCAGCCUUUGAUCGUUCAGAUAUCUCUCGCAUCCAAAGGGAGGAGGCUCUGAACGUUCUUGAAGCAUACACCUACCGUACUAGAGAUCUCCUUGAGAACACUGACUUUGUUGGUGCCUCUACCGAAGCCAUCAGAUCUCAAUUGAGCUCUCUACUCAGCAGCACUAGCGACUGGCUUUACGGCGAGGGCUCCUCUGCCAAAGCUGAAGCCUUCAAGAGCAAGCUUGCUGACCUCAAGGCCAUCGUUGACCCUGUACAGAAGCGCAGAGAAGAGGCAUCAGCACGUCCCGAGAUCCUUAAGUCUCUGCAGAGUUCGCUCGAUCAGACCAAGUCGAUGGUUGAUGCCAUUGGCAAGCAGAUUGCUGCUUCGAUCUCAUCCGCCUCGGAGGCCGCUUUGUCGAGCAGCUCGACCACUGAAGCCGCUGCCAGCCCCAGCGCUGCCGACGACUUGGACGAUCUUGACGAGCCUGAUGCUUCGUCAACUUCUUCAUCUGCCAAGCCCAGCGAGUCUGCUAGCCUGAUGCCUUAUACCGAGGAAGAUCUUGCUUCCAUCACCAAGGCAUACGAGAGUGUUUCCGAGUGGAUCAAGGCCAAGGUCGCCGAGCAAGACAAGCUCCAACCCUUCGAGGACCCCGCCUUCACCGUCAAGGAAAUCGAAACCAAGGCCAAGGAGCUCAACAAGGCCCUCAUGGACAUGGUGACAAAGAAGAUGCAGAUGCCUAAAGCCAGCACCCGCAGCUCCAGCUCCAAGAAGCCCAAAGCCACCAAGAGCAAGAAGGCAAAGUCUAGCAGCAGUGAGUCUUCGACAGCGUCGGAAUCUGCUUCUGCCAGUCCUUCGGUUGUGGUUGAGGAGCCAGCUAAGCCUAUUGAGCAUGAGGAGCUGUAGAGCAUAAUUAGCAUUAGUUCUCAAAUCUCGUGUUUUCCUGUUCCAGUUUUUCUAGAUAACCAUUAUAAGCAAUACUUUCAAACAUUUUGAACUUUCCAUUUCAAGAAGCGAAAACGCCACUUGAUUUCGUGAAAGAUGUCGGAUAAAAAGCGCCAUUGGGCACUUGAUGAGUGAUUUCUACCAAUCUAAAGAAACAAUAAAUCUCGCAACCCACAUUUGCAUGUGUUGAUGCAUUGCUAGGAUGAAGGACAGCGUGCCUUUUGCGGUAGAAUAAGAUCACUACAAAGGGGAAAGAGGUAUAUAUACACUCCUCAGCACUACCAUGAUCAACGAGGAAGAGAUUCGUGUGUCCGAUGACUAGACCUGCCGUUUUCUCACGGGGCGAACGGUGUAUUUGGCGGUCAGGUUGAUUUCGGUCUCGUUGUUUUUUUCUUUUUUUCUUUUCGAACCUUGCACAAAGGAGGUCGGUU